UAAUACUUUCUCAGGUCUGCGUAUCUUUGGGAGCAACUAUAUUUACAUUAUGUGUUUUACUUGACCUAGAAAUUUGCUGAUAAGCCCCAUUCAUACAUAAGUAAAUCGGAGCGGAUCGUUGAAAGGUAUUUAUUUACUCUUCAAGUGAUUUAAAGAUAAUUAUGAUCGAUGGACGGAACUUGCUCAAGGUGUAAAACUAGCGUACACAAUAUUUCAAAUUAAAUGCGUAUCUGCUGCAAAUGUGUUUGUUAAAUACUUGAAGCUAUCUAGAACUGGUGAUACUUAUGUGUUUGAUUUAUUUCUGAAGGAUUUAGAAACUGAUAACAAGUCGCUAAAUAAGAUACGAUUCAUGUUAUUGGCAGCGAACAACUUAAUGAAAUAAAUAUUCCGGCUUAAAUUAAUGCAAUUGGGUUGUGUUUACACAAAACUGGAUCAAGUUAUUUUAUCUGGUGCUGCAGAUUUCAUGUGGAUUUAUUCCAGAUGGGCAAAGUUUUGGAGAAAUUGCAUAUAAAAAAUUCCCUUGUUCGAGAAUGUCUAGCAGAAUUCCUAGGAACGUUUAUUUUAUUGGUAUUUGGCGAUGGUUCCGUUGCCCAGAAAGUUCUUAGCAAAGGAGAACUAGGAUCCGCCCUGUCUAUACACUGGUCAUGGGGCAUAGGGGUCAUGCUUGGUAUCUAUGUAGCUGGAGGUGUGUCAGGGGCACACCUUAAUCCUUCUGUCACUGUGGCUCAAGCCUCUCUUGGUAGAGUUUCCUGGAAGAAAGUGAUCCCGUAUAUGUUGGCUCAGUAUUUUGGAGCGUUUGUUGCCUCGGCGUGUGUCUAUCUGGUAUAUUAUGAUGCUUUGAACAACUUUGACGGAGGCGUACGCCACGUAGAUGGAGAAUUUGGCACAGCCGGCAUAUGGUCUACCUACCCACAAGCUUACGUGUCCACUUGGAACUGUUUUGGUGAUCAGGUGUUUGGUACAGCGUUAUUGCUGAUAUGUAUUCUGGCAGUCACUGACCCCAGGAACAUGCAGCCAACAAAAGGUGUAACAGCACUAAGCAUAGGACUUGUUGUUGUCGUCAUAGGGAUGACCUUUGGCCUUAACUGUGGCUAUGCUAUUAAUCCUGCAAGAGACUUGGGACCAAGAAUUUUCACUGCCGUAGCAGGUUGGGGAUCAGACCCAUUCACAUACCGCGAGCACAACUAUUUCUGGGUACCUGUGUUGGGGCCUCACUUGGGCGGUGUGAUUGGUGCCUUCACCUAUCAGUUGUGUGUGGGAUUACACUGGCCGUCACAGGACCAGGAUUCACACCCAGUACCUAUUACUGAAAAGCAUGAAUAUAAUGGACCUUGUGCAUCUAAUACUCAUAUGUGAAACCCUGAUCAACAUACUUUCUGGAAAAAUCUACAUUCUAUAUACACGUGUGUUUUGAAUAUAUAACAAAAGUGUAUUGAUACUGUAUGUACCUAAAAGUGUUUGUUCUAGUUCAACUACUUGGGGCAAGUGAGGGGUUCAGGUAAUAGUACCACACACAUCAUGCAGAUGUAAAAUAAAAUUGUCUGACAUAUUAUGUUGUCAAAUGUUGGAAGAUACACCUAAUCUGCUACCUCAUGUUCAUUUCUUGUGACAACUCGGGCUGGAAAUGCAGACAUUACUGAAAGUUCAAAUACUCUUAGAGUUUGAGCAGUUCAGCAAAAUAUUGUUUAUUCAUUGUAUUCAAGGCAUGCAACCUUUCAUUUCAAAGUAAACAUACAAGACAUUU